AUGCAGGGCACAUUCGACUCCGGAAAUACCCACAAGUACUCGGUCAUUCUCCCCACCUAUAAUGAGAGGAAGAAUCUGCCUGUGAUUGUAUGGCUGCUCAAUAAGACGUUCACCGAGAACGGACUGGCUUGGGAGAUCAUUGUUGUGGACGAUAACAGUCCUGAUGGGACGCAGGAGGUCGCGCGUCAGUUGGCGAGGGUCUACGGCGAAGAUAAGAUCGUCUUAAAGCCGCGGGCCGGUAAGCUUGGUCUUGGAACUGCAUACAUUCAUGGCUUGGACUUCUGCACUGGCGACUUUGUCAUAAUCAUGGACGCCGACUUCUCCCAUCACCCCAAGUUCAUUCCGCAAUUUAUCCGGCUGCAACAAGCGCACAACUUUGACAUCGUGACGGGUACACGAUACAGGGCCACCGCAAAGCCCGCUAUGUCGGGCACUGAACCAGGAGGUGUACACGGCUGGGACUUGAAGCGCAAGUUUGUCUCACGAGGAGCCAACUUCCUCGCGGACACCGUUCUCAGCCCUGGUGUUUCCGACUUGACAGGCAGCUUUCGUCUGUACAAGAAGUCUGUCCUUCAACACGUUAUCACCCUUACCGUAUCAAGAGGAUACGUUUUCCAGAUGGAGAUGAUGGUACGCGCCAAAGCGCUGGGAUACACCGUCGGCGAGGUGCCCAUCACAUUCGUCGACCGUAUCUUCGGGGAGAGCAAACUGGGAGCAGACGAGAUCGUGCAGUACGGGAAAGGUGUCUGGAGCCUGUUCACUAGUGUUUGA